GAUCAUGCAGCCUAAAACUCCUGAACAAGCGCUCAGAUUUUCACCUCGACUGACUACAAAAAAUGAUGGAAUGGAGUAAGAGUGAGACCUUGUCUCUGGCGACUUACUUGAUGCUUUUCAUAUCUUUGACAUUCAAUAUUUUCAUAUUGUGUUACAUCGGGGAGAUCUUAAAAAAUCAAUGCGAAUCUGUGGCUCAACUGGUGUACGGAAUCGACUGGUAUCGAGUCCCUCAAAGAAAACUUCAAUCUUUCAUUCUAAUUAUUGCUAUGGCUAGAUAUCCGCGGAAUAUAACAGCUGGAGGGAUGAUGGAGUUGACACUCCGCAGUUUUGGGGACGUAUUGAAGACAUCACUGGCAUACUUUCAAAUGUUGAGAACUGUCACUGUGUGAUUUUCAACGAAUGAUGACGAAUAGUGAACGAAUAGACUGCAAAGUCCUAUAAAUAGAGACAUGAAGAACUUGCAUACCUAGUAG